GGCGGGCUGAGACGGACAAGCCGGGCCCACCCCUCCCUUCCUUUCCCAGCACCGGGCAUCCUCCGCCUCCUGUCUUUGGGCGGUAUCUGCUCCCCUUCCGCCGGGUCCACAGCUGCUACUCUAGGAGAUCCCAAUCGCCGCCGCUAGCGUUUCCCCCGGCUCCCUCACUUGGAUCGCUUCGGAUCUAGUGUUGGGGUCUGCCCGCCGCCGUCCCUGGCUUCCUCGCUCCCCGCCGAGGUUGAUUAUUUCUCCCAGCUGGGACCUCUCCAUCACCCAGAAGGCUGUCCCUUUCCACCAUCUCCUGCAUCCUCUCGCCGAUCUAUCCGCUCCUGGGGCUCUCUGCCUCCGGGAUGGCUCUGCCGGCGGUGGGCAUUGGCAAUCAUCGCUGAUCUGGAUCUCGCCUCUUCUAGGAUCUCUGCCUGUCUUGGUCGCCAAGGGGACCCUGCCCAUCCUCCACACCUGGCGCGGAAUCUUGCCUACCUUGGAUAGCGCCCGAGGGCUAGACGUGGAAGCUAAGAAGGCCUGGAUCCAGAGCAUCCUGCCCAUGCUCCGGGGAGACAUGAUUUCUAAGAGAAAGAUGCUGCUCCUCCUAGAACUGAGUUUGCUGAAAAUGUUACAAACCGGGGAUGGGGCAUUCCACCUGAACAUCACUGAAGGCUGCAAACUCAUCUUCCCUCCUUGGGACGGUGGGAUUCGCUACCGAGGCCUGACCCGCGAACAGGUGAAGAUGGCCCACUUCCUGCCGUUUGACUAUGAGAUCGAGUACGUGUGCCGCCCUGAGCGUGAGAUCGUGGGGCCCAAGGUGCGCAAAUGCUUGCCAAACGGCACCUGGACCGACAGCGAUGUGGAGAGCCGCUGCUUACGGACUUGUCCCAAGAUGCACCUGAGCCUGGAGAAUGGGCAAGCUCAUGUCCGGGCAAUAGAGCGCGUGCCUGUAGAAGGUACCUGGGUGGAAUAUCGCUGUAAUGCUGGCUUUCACCUGGUGGGCAAUCCUCGCAGCAAUUGUACCAAGUUGGGCCGCUGGAGUUCUGCAAAGCCUGUCUGUGAAUUGUGGCGUCCUUCCAUUUCCAGGACUGGUUUGGGCAAGAAGAGGCUGCACAUCGGCGCGCUCUUCCCCAUGACCGGCGGCUGGCCCGGGGGCCAAGCCUGCCUGCCCGCCGCCCAGAUGGCCCUCGAGGACGUCAACAGCCGCAGGGACAUCCUGCCCGACUACGAGCUGCGCCUCGACCCCCGCGACAGCGAGACUGUCUCUGUAGGAGCGAAUCCCUGGCGUAAUAGCUACCAAAUUUUGUAUGAGCUGCUGUACAACCACCCUAUCAAGAUUUCAUUGUCCAUGUCGGGCUGCAGCCGCUUUCCAAUUCUGGUGGCUGAGGCUGCACGCAUGUGGAACCUCAUUGUGCUGUCCUAUGGCUCAGCUUCAAUCGGGCUUUCCUAUGCAUCGCCAGCUGCUCUACCUUCUUUUCCCAAGACGAUCCUCAGCCAUUAACUCCACAACCCCACCCGUGUGCAGCUCUUCAAACAGUGGGGCUGGACCAAGAUCGCUACCAUCCAGCAGACCACAGAGGUCUUCACCUCGACUUUAGAUGACCUUGAAGAACGAGUCAAAGAGGCCGGCAUCGAGAUCACCUUCCGUCAGAGCUUCUUCUCGGACCCUGCUGUGCCUGUCAAGAAUCUCAAGCGCCAGGAUGCCCGCAUCAUUGUCGGGCUCUUCUAUGAGACUGAGGCCCGGAAGGUUUUCUGUGAGGUAUAUAAGGAACGCUUGUUUGGCAAGAAGUAUGUCUGGUUCCUGAUUGGCUGGUAUGCUGACAACUGGUUCCGCAUCAAGGAUGCAAAUAUUAACUGCACGGAGGAGGAGAUGAGGGAGGCUGUGGAGGGGCACAUCACCACCGAGAUCGUCAUGUUAAACCCAGAGAACACCCGCAGCAUCUCCAAUAUGACAUCGCAAGAGUUCAUAGAGAAACUGACAAAGCGUGUGGAGAAAUCUCCCGAGGAGACAGGCGGCUUCCAAGAGGCACCUCUGGCUUACGAUGCCAUUUGGGCCCUGGCCCUCGCGCUGAACAAAACCUCUGCUGAGCUGGUGAAAAAGGGCCUUCGUCUGGAAGACUUCAAUUACAAUAACCGGACCAUUACGGAUGAGAUCUAUCGAGCGCUCAACUCCUCAGCCUUUGAAGGAGUCUCAGGACACGUGGUCUUUGAUGCUAGCGGCUCUCGAAUGGCCUGGACCCUCAUCGAACAGCUACAAGAUGGCGUCUAUAAGAAGAUCGGCUAUUAUGACAGCACCAAGAACAACCUCUCCUGGUACAGCAAUGUCAAAUGGAUCGGGGGUAGCCAGCCUUCUGAUUACACAAAAGUUAUCGUCACUUUCCGGUACCUGUCCCAGAAGCUCUUCGUUUCUGUUUCGGUUCUGUCCAGUCUGGGCAUCCUGUUGGCCAUCAUCUGCUUGGCCUUCAACAUCUACAACGGACAUGUCAGGUACAUCCAGAACUCGCAGCCGUACCUCAACAAUAUGACAGCAGUGGGUUGCGCCAUGGCACAGGCGGCCGUCUUCCCUCUGGGACUUGAUGGCCUUCACAUCAGCAUCGGGCUCUUUCCCUUCGUAUGCCAGGCUCGCCUUUGGCUUCUGAGCUUAGGUUUUGGCCUGGGCUACGGCAGCAUGUUCACCAAGAUCUGGUGGGUGCAUACGGUUUUCACCAAGAAGGAAGAAAAGAAAGACCGACGGAAGACUCUGGAACCUUGGAAGCUAUAUGCCACCGUUGGCUUGCUGGUCGGGCUUGACGUUGUCAUCUUGGCUAUCUGGCAAAUUGUUGACCCUCUUCAACGUACCAUAGAGGAAUUCACGAAAGAGGAGCCCAAAAGCGAUAUUGACGUCUUGAUCCUGCCGCAACUCGAGCACUGCAGCUCCAGCAAGAUGAACACCUGGCUGGGUAUCUUCUAUGGCUUCAAGGGGCUGCUGCUGCUUCUCGGCAUCUUCCUUGCCUACGAGACCAAGGGCGUCUCUACAGAGAAGAUUAACGACCACCGUGCUGUGGGCAUGGCCAUCUACAACGUCGCUGUGCUGUGUCUCAUCACGGCCCCCGUGACCUUGAUCCUCAAGAGCAAACAGGAUGCAUCCUUUGCUUUUGCCUCGUUAGCCAUCGUUUUCUCCUCUUACAUCACCCUGGUCGUGCUCUUUGUGCCCAAGAUGCGGCGCCUCAUCACCCGGGGCGAGUGGCAGUCCGAGCAACAGGACACCAUGAAGACAGGCUCAUCCACCAACAACAACGAGGAAGAGAAAUCGCGGAUACUGGAGAAGGAGAACCGCGAACUGGAAAAGAUUAUCUCUGAGAAGCAAGAGCGCGUCUCUGAGCUCCAACAACAACUCAAAGAGCGGCAGCAGCUGCGGUCACGCCGACGCUCCUCCAACUGCGCAGCUGACAACCACUUCAACAACACGGCCUCGGCCUCGGCAGCCACGGGUCCCAACCUCUACCAGCCCAGCCUGCCUCUCGUGCGCUGCCUCGUGGCCGAACAAGCGGACAAGCUGGGGCGCAACAACUGUGACGGCAGCCGCGUCCACCUGCUCUACAAGUGACGGACCUUGCAGGAAGCGCCAAAGGAGAAGGUGGCUGGUGCCUGCACAGCUGGGAUUGGGGGGGAGGGAGGCCGAAGGCUCAUGAUGCUGGUGGGUAGGACUGGGGAGUUUUUUUAAAAAAACAACAACAACAAAAAAGCCAAAACAUCCUAUGGUCUUUGUAAAAUAACCUUUGUGUCUAUCAACUUGCCUAUCCCUGGAACCUGGAAUCCAGGUACCAACUCUAUGGAGGACUUUAUUUUAGAAGUAGUGGAUUGCAGGGUCACCCCCUACUUGAUGUACGCACGCUGGACUACUUUGAAGUGUUCCUAUCAGGGAAGGGGUAGCCAUUGGAAACAUGGUCCAUCAAGGGGAAAGGUUCUGCGGCUCUUCAUGUUUGUGUGUGCGUGUGUGUGUGUGUGUGUGUGUGUGAGAGAGAGAGAGAGAGAGAGAGAGAGACAUUGGCAUGUGGCCUCCUGUGGUUUCUUUUUCUGUGCAUUUAUCUAGAUAAUCAGUGAUUUCUGCAGCCAGGCCACAUACAUAGAUAGAAUCAGAAGCCAAAUGUGUGCAGAUGUGGAAGAGGCAACUGUGAGGGCAAAUCUGCUUUCUCCAUCUUCUGCACUGACAUAUGUCGUCAUCUGUCGGAUGAGCUCUUUGUCCAUUUGUCUUGUUUCAAAAGCACUUGGAUGGUGAAGGUUGUUUGGAAGUGUUUUUUUAAUGGCAUUUUCUUUUCUUUUCGUCCAUUAGCAGCACAAGAGACCGACAAGGUUUUUGGGGUAUAAGAUUUGAAAAGCUUGUACCCUUGAAGGCUUGCCGUCUGAAAAACUUGUUAGUUUCUAAGGUGCUUCUGGACUUGAAUGUCACUCUGCCACUGCAGAGCAGCAUGGCUACUCUCUUCUUGUGUUUGACAUCUGCUUCGACAUGCGGGGAAAUCAUCUUUCUGAUGGACACACACAAAAAUGCCAGUCAGCACUGCUUUGAGAAAAAGGGCGACAAUUUAGGGAUUUUCAGUCAGCAUUGCACAAAGCUGGUUCCUUCUGAAAGUACCACCCUCAUACUCUCCCGGUUGUCAAACUUGAUCCUGCAAAGACAACUUACAGACAUGCAGUGAGGCUGUUGCUGAACAUCUGUAUGUCUGCCCACAGCUUUAGAAUGGAGUGCCCAACCCUGCCAAUUACAUGUACAAUUGAGUUGUAGCAUAGCAGCCACACUGAGGUACUUACAGCCAUACUGUCAAUCGCCUGUCGCCAGGAAUGAACAGACACUGUAGCUCAGAGAUACACCCCUCUGCGUAAAUAGUUCCCUGCAGUCGUGGACCGAACUGGUCUGAAGCACAGUCGUGCUGUACAGCACAACUGGAAAGGAGCACUUUGGUGUAGCAGAACUAGACUGGGACAUGUGGCACGUCUGCAAUUGAAUAUGGUCAAACUAGUGCCUGCUCUGAUUGGGUGACUCACACUGGCCACCAGAAACACCCACCCACACACCCAUUGUCCACUUGCCAGACUUUGUGUGGACCCCCUGAUGUUCCUGGGCAAUAGUAAAAUCGAGUUAGACCGUGUGACUCGAAACAGAUUAAUUUGCACAUUAAAUGGGAUCCACGGUGCGCAGGAAUGAUGGGGCGGGGGAGAGAGAGAUGAGGCUUAAGGCACAUUGCCAUCUUGAGACUUCCUAUAUAUACUCGCCAGGUAGCUGCAAACUUCUCGAACUGAGGUUCAGGGGUGCUUCCCUAAUAAGAAGGGGACUUGUCUUGGCUUUACAUUUAGAGGUGGUGAUCAGGCAAAGAUCCCAGCAUCAGUCUCCCUUGUUAAAAAAAAGAAGAAGAAAGGCAUAGUUCCAAAGAGUGUGGGAUGGACAGAGACUUCCAAUGGGAUUGUUGAGCUGCGCAAACAGCAUCGUUUUCUCUCUCUCAGAAGCCUGACCCUCCCGAGUUGGACCAUUGGGCAGGGACAUACUCACCACAAAUGCCUUCAUCUCUUCCCCCUUAAAGGAAUGCAGGGAGCUGAAGUCAAUAGAGUGAGAAAAGGACAAAGAGGAUCACAGAUGAACAUUAAGCAGCUGGUCCAGCAGCUACCUUCCACCGAGCCCGAGGAGUUGCCUCAGCCGUGCGUGUGUAUGCGUGUGUGCAUGUGUAUGCAUUGUGCAUGCACGUAAUUGGUGCCAGUUCCUCCCCACACUUUCCCCCUUUUCGAGCACUUUAUCAUCCCAGUAAAUGUGGAGGGAGUAAUAACAGGUGCUGCCGUGGUUGAGGAUGGGGGAGCCUCAACUCCUGGCAGACUUCCCCAUCCAGCAUACAGACAUUCUCCAGUAAAAUAAUACAGUCUGAAA